UAACCAGGAGAAACAGCAAUAAACGGUUUAUUUCAGAUCAUAACAAGCACAUUAAAGUGAAUAAAUCUGUUAGUUACUGUAAAUCACGGUGACUCGAUGGCUUUGCCGACCCUUUCCUCUCACUGGCCGAGCCGGAUCGGGACUCUGGAGCGUCAGUUGGUGCGUCAGCGUGAGCAGGAGGCGCGGCGUCUUCGGCAGUGGCAAAACCACUCGCAGUAUUUCAGAGAGCAGCACGUCCGCAGCAGCAAACAGGCGCACUGGAGCUCCCGGCAGUCCUAUCAACAGAGCAUGUGGGCGUUCAGGCGUGAGCGUCAGAAGGAGGAGAAGCAGAGGAGCCUGGAGGAGCGCAGAGAGCGGCUGAAGACGAUGCUGCAGGAGGAGAACGCACAGCUGGAGGCCGAACUCAAAGCCACCAGCCGGGACAGAAGUGCCACCCUCGGGGAACAGCUGGAGAGAACCGAGGACCUGCGAUCGGCCCGCGAGGAGCGACGGAAAAAGCUUGCACAGGAGCUCCUGAUGGAACACUGGAAGAAGAACGAUCCAGAACUGCGCCAGGUGGAAUCAGAGCUACACAAGGAUCAUGUGGUGAACCAGUGGCAGGUGCAGCAGCAGAAGAAGAAGCAGGCGGAGGAGGAGGCCGAGCAGGAGAGGAGGCGCUUGGAGAACCAGUACGAGAGGAGCAGGCGGGAGGCGCUGGAGAGGAUGAAGCAGGAGGAGGAGAGGAGGAAGCGGGAGGAGAGAGAGAGAGCCGAGUUCCUCUGUAAACAGAUGGAGGAACUGAAGCUCCGAGAGCAGGAGAGUCGGCGUCUGCAGCAGGAGGAAGACGAUCUUCUGUCUCGGCGGCUGGAGGUGGAGCGUCUGGAGGAGGAGAGGAGGAGAGCCGAGGAGCAGAGGAAGAAAUCUGAGUUCAGGAACGUUCUGAGCCGGCAGUACCGAGCGCAGCUGAAGAGACGAGCGCAGCAGGUCCAGGAGGAGCUGGAGGCGGACCGGAGGAUCCUGGCGGCCCUGAUGGAGGGUGAGGAUGAGGAGAAGAGGAUGGACAGUGAGAGGAGAGAGAGAGCGGUCGCUGACGUGGCCUGGAUGAAGAAGGUUCUGGAGGAACAGCUGCAGCUGGAGAGAGAACGUGAGGCCGAAUUCGACCUGCUGUACCGGGAAGAAGCUCAGAAGGUUUGGGAGAAGAGAGAAGACGAGUGGGAGAGAGAGAGAAGAGCGAGAGAGAGACUCAUGCAGGAGGUACUCGGCGUGCGUCAGCAGCAGCUGCAGGAGCAGAUGGAGGAGAAGCGCAGGAUUCGGGACGAGUGCGAGAGGAGGAGAGAGGAGCUCCUGAGGAAGCUGGAGGAGGACGAGGAGGAAAAACUACAGCAGAGGGAGGAGCGGGAACAGCGGCGGACGGCUCGCAUGGACGACAUCAGCUCACAGGUGGAGACGAGGCGCCGGGAGCAGUGGGAGGAGAGCAGGAGACAGGAGGAGGAAGAGGCCGACCUCAGGGAGGAGCUCCGGCUCCAGGACGAGGAGCUUCGGCUGGAGAAGGAGAGGAUGACCCAGCGAGGCUACGAGGAGAGGAUUCGCAGCAGACCCCGUUCAGCCUGGACCUGAGGACCUGAGGAGAAUGUGGAUCUGUCACCGUGCUUUUUGCUACAAAAAAUUGUAAAUUAAUCAUAAAGCUUGUCCGGCAACGAAAUCAGGACGAGCAGCAUGUUGAAAAGAAUGCCUUUUUUCAUUAUUUUAUUAAAUAAAUUACAAUUUGUUGUAUUUAUUUUAGUUUUGAAUUUUCCUGACGUGACAAAUCAAGAUUAAAAAUGAUUUUCUCCCCAAA